GGCCGGUUGCGUCAGGUAGAGCCGCGGGGCAGAGGCGUCCAGGGCGGCGGGACUCUGCUAACAUCUGCUGGACAAAAGCUUGAACGACACGGGGAAGACGUGGAGACGCGUUGUCUCGAGCCUCGAAGCCAAAUGUGAGUGGAGUGUGUCCAAGUUAGAGACCAGAAACAUAAAGCCUUUUGACUUCAAGUUCCAGACAAGAAAGGAAAAUAGUGCAUCAACUGUUCAAACAGCUUCUUCAAAAGAUCGAUCUACUCUCUGUGGUGAACCAUGCAGAAACCAGACGUUGUGACGGCCCUCAAUGCCGAACUCCUCACAGCCUACAGGAGGAUUCUGGCUCUUAAGGAGGAGGUGUGGCAGCUGAAAAACCAGCUUCAAGACAGUGAUGUCAUAAAGAUGGUUUUGGAGAAGGAGAAGGAGGAGGAGAAGGAGAAGGAGAAGGAGAAGGAGCAGGAGAAAGAGAAGGAGCAGGAGAAGGAGAAGGAGAAGGAGACCCAGGCCUUGAAGGAGAAGGUGGAGCAGCAGGAAAACCAGCUGAAAGAAAAAGAUUGUGUCAUAAAGAAGGAGGUGAAGAAACGGCGCGCUCGCCUCAGGGCCUACCUUGACUGCCUUGCUGAGCUGACUGUCUCUCAGGCCAAGAAUAAGAUGAUGGAAGCAAGUCUGCUCCAGGAGCCACCCCAGGAGGAGAAGGUGAAGGAGAAGGAGAAGGAGAAAGAGAAGGAGAAGGAGAAAGAGAAGGAGAAGGAGAAGGAGAUCCAGGCCUUGAAGGAGCAGGUUGAUCAACUGCACCUUCAGCUGAAAGACAAAGACUGUGUCAUAAAGAAGGAGGUGAAGAAACGGCGUGCUCGCCUCAGGGCAUAUCUUGACUGCCUUGCUGAGCUGACUGUCUGUCAGGCCAAGAAUGAGAUGAUGGAAGCAAGUUGGCACCAGGAGCCUGCGACAACAAGGAGCAGUGAGGUGGAGGUCAAGAAGGAGAUGGAGAACGAGAAGGUGCUCGCUUCAAGGCCUAAAGGAGACGAAACUGCAGCAGGAGACAACACCAACUAUGGGACUGAGCUGCAGAAAGGAGGAGGCUGAGCUGAGCUGGAGGAGAGAGAAGAGGUGGAGAAGCCCCCGCCCUCACCCUUUUCCUACUCUUAAAACAAACCCCUCCCCUGUCCCCCUUUCUAUAUAUUUGAAAUAAUCUAAUGAUGUGUUGUAAAUAUGUUGAACUUUUUGAAUAAA